AAUCUUCCAAAUUCUGUGUCAAAAAACCUGAGCUUAAUCCUCAACCACUAGUCCAACAAAGGAGUGUGGAAGAAGAGAGAGUAAGAGAGAAAUCAAGACUGUAGUUUGUAGAAAAGAUUUAAAAAAAAAAAAAAAAAUGAGGUGUAUUGUAUCUUCUUCACCACUUUCUCCUUCCAUCUUUACAUUCUCUAAUGAAUCAUCUCCUAAAUUUUUACAGUUGACAACUUCUCAGCAACAACACAAGAAAGUUGGUUCUUUUGUGUUUCUCUCUUCUUCAAACUCUUCAUCAGUUGUUGAAGAUCAACAAGAUUCUUCUUCAGUUGUUCAAUCUGUUAAUAAUGAUAACAGUUUCAGUGGCUGUAAGGCUUGUGGUAGAGAGCAGAUAGAAGGAGGCUGCAAUGGUGAGGGACGGAUUCAAGGUGGGAUUGCUACAUUCCCAGGCUUAGGUUGGUGGCCAAUAAAGGCUUAUAGGCCUUGUCCUGGUUUUCUUGCAUCUGGUGGCAACUACAGGAGACGUGGCCAAAGCAUGGACGAGGUUGCAUUUGGAGGGGGAAGAGGGAGACCUUCCAUGGAUAAUUUCGAUGAGCUUGAGACAGGGAAGAAAGGAAAGAAUAGAAACCAAGUCAAGGCAGAAUAAAUCCUCACAAAACUGAAGAUCAAAAAGUGUUUGCUUUAGAAAAAUUCACCUGAUUGAAAUUUUGUAAAUUGUCAUUGCAAAUAUAUAGAAUGUUAUAGCUUAAUCCUUCGUUUGGAGAAAACUUGUAUGAUUCCUAACAUCAUGUUUUCUUGAACAAUAUCAAAAGUCUCUAAUAUACAUUGCAUUUUGAGA